AUGAUUGCAAUCGGGCUCGAAGGCUCAGCCAACAAACUCGGGGUUGGCAUCAUCUCACAUCCAACAGCAGGUCAAACAGGACCCGCCAAAAUCCUGUCCAACAUCCGCCAUACAUACGUAUCACCACCGGGCGAAGGGUUCCUGCCCAAAGAUACAGCCAAACACCACCGGAGCCAUGUCGUUGCACUCGUAAAACAGGCUCUCCGGGAGUCGAAUCUCUCCAUAUCCGACGUCUCAUGCAUCUGCUACACCAAAGGCCCUGGCAUGGGUGCACCAUUACAGUCUGUCGCGGUCGCAGCACGAAUGCUCUCGUUGCUGUGGGACAAGCCGUUGAUCGGCGUGAACCACUGCGUCGGGCAUAUCGAGAUGGGUCGAGAAAUCACAGGCGCGUCUAACCCUGUGGUACUCUACGUAUCUGGUGGCAAUACUCAGGUGAUCGCCUACUCGAUGCAACGGUAUCGGAUCUUCGGAGAAACGCUCGACAUUGCGAUUGGAAACUGUCUCGAUCGAUUCGCGCGCACGCUCGGCAUUCCUAACGAUCCAGCACCGGGGUACAACAUCGAGCAAUUGGCGAAGAAGGGAGGAGGUGUGCUGCUCGAUUUGCCGUACGCGGUCAAGGGCAUGGAUUGUUCCUUCUCCGGCAUCCUCGCGCGAAUCGAUGAAUUGGCGCACCAGAUGCAUGCUGGCACACUGAAGGAUACGGCGUCAGGCGAACUGGUCACUCCUGCGGAUUUGUGUUUUAGCCUGCAGGAGACGGUGUUUGCGAUGCUGGUGGAGAUCACGGAGCGAGCCAUGGCGCACGUGGGGUCGAAUCAGGUGUUGAUCGUCGGUGGUGUCGGCUGCAAUGAACGGGUGCAGGAAAUGAUGGGCAUCAUGGCUCGGGAUCGUGGUGGGAGUGUUUAUGCCACUGAUGAACGGUUCUGUAUCGAUAACGGAAUCAUGAUUGCGCAUGCAGGCUUGUUGGCGUAUCAGACCGGUGUGAGGACCGAGUUGGAGGACAGCACGUGUACGCAGAGAUACCGGACGGAUGAUGUUUAUGUUGGGUGGAGAGAUGACUGA